AUGAGCGACUCGGAUUCUAAUCCCGCCAUCCCAGCCUGGCAGAAGGUGCAAUCCGAUGAGAUCGAUAGCCAAAACACCGAACCGUCCGCGAACAGCUCAACAUCACAGGUUGAUGCGCCAGCAGCAGAAGUAACAGCAGAAGAGACAUCACAGCCGGAAAUUGUCACAGACGGUCAAGAAAGACUCGAGGUUGCGAGACGCUUUCUCGAAAAUGACGCUGUGCGGCACGCGCCUCACGAGAAGAAGGUCGAGUUCUUGAAGUCCAAAGGCAUUGACGAAGCCGAGAUACACGCGCUUCUUGUUCAAGACGAUUCCACAACAGAGACAGAGGUUUCUGCUACUUCUUAUCUUGCGCCCAUGUACUACGCUGACAAUCUCAAGGCGCCAAUCCCAGGAACAACCAGUUCUUACGCUCCGACACCCACCGAAACUCUUCCUCCAACACCAGCUUCCCAUCCGCCAGUCGACCGACCCCCAGUCGUCACAUACCCUGAAUUCCUUGCAAAGGCACCCCGCCCUCCCCCUCUCGUCACAAAGGAGCGUCUUUUCAACGCCCUUUACGCAGUCACUGGCCUCUCCACCUUCAUCUAUGGCACAAGUCGCUACGUUAUUCGUCCUAUGGUUGAUAGUCAGGCCGAAGCCCGUACAGAUUUCCACGAUCUGACCUCGCGAAAACUCGAUGCCCUCGUCGCAAAGCUUGAAAAGACCGUUUCCGAGGUUCCCCCCAAGAAACCCAUCGCCACAGUCGAGGAGGAGAGCGAUGCCGAAGACCCUACGGAGAUGUUCCACAGGGACAUGGGCACUCAAACCACAUUCCCCAUAAGCUCUGUGACAGCUAUGACAGACUCCAAUAAUAACGAGUCAGCUGCCAAACAUAACACGAAUCAACUGGGUAGUUUGAACAAGAUUCUUUCUGGCCUGAAGGAUGAGUACCGUUCCCAGAGCGAAGGCAUGGAUAAGAUCAAAACUGCUGUUGAUAUGCUAAGGGAUGACCUCGACACAAUGACAUAUACUGCGUACCCAGAUCACAGUACUGGCUAUGACCUGUACGGCCGAUCACGCAAGCCCGAGCCGGAUGACGAAAUCCGCAAGGUGCGGGAUAACAUCCGGCGUGUGAAGGGAGUCUUGCUGAGUACGAGAAACUUCCCUGCCUCGGCAAGAUGA